GUUUUGCUUUUCUGUUGGUAUUUCUGGAGUAUUGGAAUUCUGUUAAUUUUAGCAAAAAACUUAAGCAUAAAUGCAGAGUACAAGUUCUGUCUUUCCCUAUGAAUAUGCUUACUUUAUGGCAAAGUUCACAGGAAGGGAAAGAUCAUCAGCUGGCUUGCCUGAGCCCUUCUAGGCUGAGUCUGUCCUGGGGAAGGGACAAGUGUUUUCUAGUCAAAAGAACAGCAGCUCAUCACCUGCUAAAUCGAUUCCUAAAACAUUUGGCUGGGCUCUGCAAAGGAUACACAGCACUUAACAUGAACCUAUUUUUGUUGAACAAAAUUGUUACUCCUUCUAUCUACUAUAAGUGAGGAUAAGGAGAUUAAAUUCACAAACAGAUGUUUUCUAGGAGACAGAUUUAGUUGUUCUACUUAGUGGUCAUACAAACAUAUAUAAAUUCUAAACUUUUACAUCAGAAGAUACUAUCUAGGGAAAUUGUCAUACAUUAACAAUAAAAUCACUAUCUGGAGGCUGUUCUGUAUUUAUAUUUUCCCCAUUCACUAUUUUUUAAGGAGUAUCAAGCAAAGCUUAUGCGAACUCCUGUAGAAGCAGCUGUAUAUGAUAUUCUUACUGAACUGCAGGAGACAUUUGACUUGCCCCUUCUGCGUGAUUUGUUCAGCAACACCAUCAUGAAGAAAUAUCCUGAUUUAUGUCGCAGUUACACAAUCUUCAAAAGAGAGAUAUCAAACAUAAGCAAUUACCUGGAAAGUGAUGCAGAAGAAAACAAGGGGAGAUCUGAUAGCCAACUAAGCCUUGAACAAGGAACUGAUAGAAACUCAUAUCCAAACCUGCCUUGGAGUGGCCCACAUCCCAUGAAUUACACUGGUACAGCCACAUCUGAUAAUGGACUCUCAAAUCACAUCUCUGAAGAAGAGAUAAGUGUGAUUGUUCAUACAACCACUGGAAACAGCGAUGCCCUAGAAAGCCAACAAGCGAAUGAACAAUGUGCCCAGCAGUCUGAGCCAGCAGGAGCAGAUCUACCAAACCAUGGAAUCCCAGUGAGUUCCAGCUCUAUAGAUCCGGUGGCCAUAAAGAAGGAAAAGCCAUUUUUUAAUUCAGGAGUUGAAUGGGAAGCCCAAGGAAGGAGUGACUGUAACCAGGCGUCUGACAUAAUAGACAUCAGCAGUGAGGACUCCGUGGAACGCAGAAACAGAGAAGAGGCCCCAGAACCUUCCACCUCAACAGUGAAAAGGAAAUCUGGUACUGUGAAUCCUGAAAACAACUCUAUUCCACAAAAAGCCAAGAGAAAAAGAAGGACAGGACAGCAGCCAGAUGAGGAUGUGAAUUUUGAAGCUGAAAUACUUCCUGUGUCUUGUGGAAAGACAAUGGGGCUGUUAAUUAAGAGGAAAUUGGAACGAGGAGCCACAAGGAAGUGCAUAAGAACUGAAGAUGGAAACUGGUUCACCCCCAGGGAGUUUGAAAUCAGAGGAGGCUACGAAAAAGCAAAUAACUGGAGGGACCACCUGACCUGUGGUGGAAAACGCCUAAGACUUCUGAUAGAGCUUGGAUUUAUCCAUCCACCUCCCACUACAAAAAAGGUGGAAAACUCAGGCAAAUGUGUGAUCUGCCAGGAUGGAGGAAAGCUCGUUGGCUGUGCUACUUGUCCCAGAGUCUUUCAUGAGGGCUGUCACCUCCCACCUGUGGGGAUUAGAAGGAAUGCUUGGAAGUGUACAUACUGCACAAUAGGAAAUCCUCCAAGACAGCACCAUUACAGGGAAUCUGAAGUCCUGGUGAAGGUUAUGGGGCCUGAAGAGAAGCUGAAAUGUGCAUUCCUCCUCUUAAAUGUCUAUGGCCCUUUAGAGAGCAAAGUUUUCCCAAAUAUUCCACAUGAAAAUUAUGUUGAAGAGGCUUCUCGAUGCCUAGAGAAACUUAGGAAGUUGGACAAAAUCAAGGAGAAACUAAAUAAGGGAGACUACCCCUAUGUGGAACAUUUUGUGCAGGCCAUGAACGAAUUCUUUACUAUCCCCAGUUGCAGUGAUGCAGAAUUCACUAAGGAUGAUUUUAAGAAGACUUUCAAAAAACAGUUUGCUAUUCAGGAAACAAAUUAGAACAGUGUACUGAUGUAGUUGAUGCUGUUCACAUCCUGAAAAGUCCUACUUUCAGGCAGAUUUCUUUUUUUUUUUCCAUUGUUGUUCAAGUACAGGAUUCUUCCUCUCCCCCAUCCG